UCAAGAAUAAGAAGUAAACGGGGAAGAAGAGGUUCUGGGAGAUGGUUGCCACUAAAACCAAGUCAAAUCUGGAUCGACUGAGAAGCUUCGGGUUUUUACAUCCAAUGUUUCAUUCUAAAAACAUUCGUAAAUUAAUAUGUUUGUUUGUUACCAUUUGUAUUUUGAUGAGCCAGUCGUUAGCAAACGAGCAGGACUUUAUGGAGGAGUUUUUGAAGCGGGAAUAUUCUCUGUCGAAGCCGUACCGUGGCUUAGGCUUCUCUAGUUCCUCACAGUGGGAUCUCAUGGGCACUGCCAUGGUAACACCUGACCAUGUGAGGCUAACCCCAGACCUGCAAAGCCGACAGGGAGCAGUGUGGAGUCGAAUUCCUUUCUUCUUGCGGGAUUGGGAGCUUAAGGUGCACUUUAAAAUUCACGGCCUGGGAAAGAAGAAUUUGAAUGGGGAUGGACUGGCUAUCUGGUUAACCAAAGAUCGCAUGCAGAAUGGCCCUGUGUUUGGCAACAUGAACCAGUUUGUUGGACUUGGAAUAUUUGUGGACACUUACCCCAAUGCUGACAAGAGCCAUGAUAGGGCUUUCCCAUAUAUAUCGGUGAUGCUGGGGAAUGGGACUCUAUCAUACGACCACGAUCGUGAUGGACGGCCCACAGAACUUGGGGGGUGCACAGCUAUGGCACGCAAUGCCAUCUACGACACGUUCCUCCUCGUCAGAUACUCCAAAAACAGACUUGUGCUCAUGGUGGAUGUAGAUGGUAAACAGGAAUGGAAACACUGUGCUGACAUCACAGGAGUGCGGCUACCUACAGGCCACUUCUUUGGUGCCUCCUCUGCCACUGGAGAUCUAUCAGAUAACCAUGACAUCAUCUCCAUGAAGUUGUACCAGUUGACAGUAGAGAAGACCCCAGAGGAGGAGGAGGAAGAGGAGGAGGUCACCAUACCUAGAGUUGAUAACAUGGAACAGUUCCAAGUGGAUGUCCAGGAGGAAGGCAUGAGUGGAGUCCAGUUCUUCUUCACUCUCGUCUUCUCCAUCCUGGGCUUGGGUGUGCUGGCAGUCGUGGGAAUGAUACUUUAUGGGCGCUGGAAAGAAAACAGACGUAAACGUUUCUAUUGAUUACAGACUAAUUGAUCUGUGUAGGUUUACAGAAUGUAUGUUUCUUAAUCAACGUACAUUACAACAAUGCAAAGACUGCCAUAGCUUUACUGAAACCAUACAAUCAAGCAAACCGAAUGAUCAGUGUCAUGGGUGUGAAGCCCAGAGCCAAGUGAACAUUAACAGUCGAACAGAUGAAGAGAUCAUGAACAGGUGAGCCAGCUGUGAAAUAUUCUUUUAGUGUUAUGGAAGAUAGAUGAGAUAAAGCUGCUCUAGUAUGAUUUUUUUUGUGUGUUAAAAUUCGCUCAUCUCAACUUAAAGUACAGUGGGUAUGCAGCAUCCCAUUGCACUAACCAACACUGUAGAUUUCAGACAAAAAAAAACUUCAGAAUCAGUUGCAAAAUCAAAAGCUUUAUGUAGUUUACUGACACCAUGUUACAGGAUUUUGUGGUACUGAAGUUUAUUUACCUCUUACUGCCACUUGAUGCUGCCAAUGUGCAGCUUUAAUCUGACUGUAGAUGCUGUGAAGACCAAUUUACCUGUGGAUCAUUGCAGACUUCUAGCUGCACUGAAGAAGUCAAAUUGUAUUGAGCUCUCCCAUGGAAGUGAGAGCACCUUAUUACCCAGACAAAGCACGCAGUAAGCUGAACUCACUUAAGCUUAUGUGAGAAAUGAUUCAGGUUAACUAUUUUUAAAAUGUAUUAUCAAUAAUACAUCACGCUCUAUGUUGUAUGCUCAAGGAGGGAUUUGAAUUACCAGUGCUGUUUGAAGUGCCUAGCUAGGACCAAUAAAGACAAGGUCUUACUUUAUGUUCAA